CUGUAUUGUUCGAAUUAUUUGUCAUGUAGUAGUGGUAGUAUUGGUUGUUAUUUGACAAUGUUGUUGCUCUGCAGGCUUCAGAAUGCUUAAGUUUAGGCCUUGACAACGUGGAGGACAAGUAUGAGAUUGUGAUUGGGAUGAAGGAACUAGCUAGCAAAGGAAUGGCUGCGGAGGUCGUGGAAGUAGUUAAUUCUAUGGACCCAAAUUUUUUUGUACAAAAUCCUGUUUUACUCUUCCAACUUAAGCAGGUUGAAUUCCUUAAGCUUGUCAGCUCAGGUGAUCAUUCUAGUGCUCUGAGGGUUGCAUGCUCUCAUUUAGGUCCUUUAGCUGCAAGUGAUCCAGUUUUACUGAAGCCCUUGAAGGAGACUCUGUUAGCACUGCUCCAACCUAAUGAAGAUGCACUUGGGAAAGGCUUGCCCUUACAUGCCUCUUGCAACUUCACUCCAAGGUUGCAAUUGGGAGGAGCUUGGCAUUGA